AUGGCGGAUUCGAGAUAUGUGGACGUUCUCCUUGAGACGAUGGCGAUCUCCAUGGCGGUAUUCUUUAUGACCUCUCCUCUGUCUCAGACACUGGACGUCUAUGGAAUGCCGGCCAAAGUCCGCUACGUGAAGCCGUUGAACUUGCUCUGCUUCUACCUCAACUGCAUGGUGCAGCUGGCCUAUGGCCUCUACCUGCCUCUUGCCCCACUGGUGCCCUGCAACGCCUACGGCGCGGCCGUUGGAGUCGUCAGCACGCUGGUUUGUUGGUGGUUCGCCCGUCGCGAGGCGCAGGCAGAGGACUGGAACCGCAAAGCGGCCCUGGGAACUUUGGCCAUCGCAGCGCUCUCCAUGCUAGUUUUCGCUUAUGCGAAAUACGUCGAGGGUGGCGCUGAGUUCGUCGGCAAACUUGGGAUCUUCGUGGCCUUUUCCAUGUACGGAGCUCCACUGGCCAGCAUCGGUGAGGUGAUGAGGACACAAUCUUCCGAGACGCUACCACUGCUACAGAGCUUCCUGGGCUUUUUGAACAGCUGCUGUUGGCUGGCAGUGGGUCUCCGCAAAGGUGCGACACCGAUUUGGAUUCCGAACCUCGUGAGCGCUUUUCUGCCCCCUGGCUUAGGGUUCCGGAGGGUAGUAGAGGGGCCUGAAGAAUCAGAACAGGGCUGCAUGUCAAGUACAGUUUACAUACAAAAAGGAAUCCUAAGAAUUACGCAGUUCCUUUUUCUGGGGUUGGGGCUUAGGAUUAGAUUCUAG